AUGUCCAUCAUGGAGGUGGACAGGAUGGAGCAGGAGGAGGCGGGAGCAGAGCCCUUCAUCCACAGUGUCCAUGGCCCUCACAGGACCAGGCCGUCGUCCUACCGGGCCCUGCGCAGUGCCGUGUCCACGCUGGCCCGCAUCGACGACUUCACCUGCGAGAAGAUUGGGUCAGGCUUCUUCUCUGAGGUCUUUAAGGUGCAGCACCGUGUGUCCGGACAGAUCAUGGCCCUGAAGAUGAACACUCUGGUCUGCAACAAGGCAAACAUGCUCAAAGAGGUGCAGCUGCUGAACCGUCUGUGCCACCCCAACAUCCUCAGGUUUAUUGGCGUUUGCGUCCACCAGGGCCAGCUCCACGCUCUCACUGAGUACAUUAACGGGGGGAACUUGGAGCAGCUGUUGGCCAGUGACGUGUAUCUGUCGUGGAGCAUGCGCCUCAGUCUGGCCCUGGACAUCGCACGAGGACUGGAGUAUUUACACAGCAAAGGCAUCUUCCACCGGGACCUGACCUCCAAGAACUGCCUGGUGCGCUGGGAGGGCAGCGUGUGCACGGGGGUGGUGGGAGACUUUGGCCUGGCAGAGAAAAUUCCAGAUUACAGCGAUGAGCUUGCACAGGAGCCCUUGGCGGUGGUGGGUUCCCCCUAUUGGAUGGCCCCAGAAGUGCUCCGAGGAGAGGUCUAUAAUGAGAAGGUGGACGUGUUUGCUUACGGCAUUAUCCUUUGUGAGAUCAUCGCGAGGAUACAGGCCGACCCUGACUUUCUGCCACGCAAAGAGGACUUUGGUCUGGACGUGGACACCUUUCAGCACAUGGUUGGAGACUGUCCUCAUGACUUCCUGGAUCUGGCCAUUACCUGCUGUAAUAUGAGCUCAAAGCUGCGUCCAUCGUUUUCACAAAUAGUGCUGGAGUUGGAGCAGAAACGAGAAGAAGGAAGGCUGAAGGAACAGACUCCAGUUAAAGAUGCCUCUCCUACAGUUGACUCUUUACGUCGCCGCUCUCUCCGUCUCGCGUCUGACCCUCGACUGUCCCGCAGCAAGUCGGACGUGCUUCACCCCCCAGACUCUCCCCCCUGCGUCAUCCUCACCCCUCCCACUCGCGUGAACCCCUUCUCUCAGAGGGAGGACUUGAAAGGAGGCAAGAUCAAGCUUUUUGAUACGCCCAGUAAGUCUGUUAUCUCCUUGACUUUCACACUGCCCCCUCCGCCGGACCCCUGUGACGGGGCAGCUGUAGCCGAGGAGUUCGAGCCGAGGAGGCACAGGCGCUGCCAUUCCCUACCCUGUACCCCGCCCCACCACAGCUCUGCCCCCAGAACGCUGCUGAGUGAGGGAGAGGACGCUGAGAGUGAGGAGCAGAGGCUUAUGGGGCAAAGUGUGGACUACAGCAGGACUGUGGCCGGGGACUCUGGACUGGCUCUCUCUGUGGAGCCUCUGUCUCUGGACAAAGAGUUGGAGCCCAUGGACUGCUCUAACUCUCCAGACACACAGGGCAGCUCCUCCCUGUAUUCUAAGAUGACCCUGCCCCCCUCUCACUCCUCUACCCCUCUGACCAACAGUUGGGGGUCUGCCAUCUCCAAUGGGCCCCCAUGUCUGCCCCCCCUCUCUAACCUGGAUAAUAACAAUGUGGUGACUGGAUGUCCUGUGGGUUGGACAUCUCCAGAUCCAUCUUGUACUUUGGACAAUAAUAACGGGUAUCAUUCCACGCCUAGUGACCCAGGAGCCAUGUCCCCGUUUGGCUCGGGCAGUGGACACUCUCUGGACCAGGAGGAGGUCAUCUCCUGCCCCGGCUGCUGUCUGCCAGCUCUGCACUUCCCCUCCAUGUGCCUCCGCGCUCCGCAGAGGAGGAACGCCUACAAGAACCUCAAUGGGGACACAGCCUCACGUGGGCUGCUGGGUCCGGCACCAAAAGGCCUACCUCCCUCUCCCAGCCCCACUGUGAACACCUCCAGCCUGGAGCCUGGACUCUCGCUGCCCGGGGCACAGAACUAG